AUGGUUAAAAUUAAAACAUUAGAUGAUAAGGUUACAAUGGAAGUUGUACUAAUUAAGAAUGAAAUAUCAGAAGACGGCAGUAAUGAUUUAAUGAAAGAAGAAAUACUUAACAACCUGAAUAUUAAAAGUGAAAUAUUGGAUGAAAAUGUUGUCAUGGAAGUUGAACAAAUUAAAAAUGAAACACCAAAAGAUGACAUUAAUGUUAUUGAUAGUACAGUGUGUGUCAGUGAAAAUGAUGAACAAUCUGUUAUUGAUAGUACUGUGAGUGUUAAUGAAAAUACUAGUUUAGUGAAAAGUGAAAUAUUGGAUGAAAAUGUUGUCAUGGAAGUUGAACAAAUUAAAAAUGAAACAUCAAAAGAUGACAUUAAUGUUAUUGAUAGUACUGUGUGUGCUAGUGAAAAUGAUGAACAAUCUGUUAUUGAUAGUACUGUGAGUGUUAAUGAAAUAUUAGAUGAAAAUACUAGUUUAAAUUCACCUACUGGAAUUAUAAAUCAAUCAUUUUUUUGUGAUAUUUGUAAUAAAACAUUUACCCAAAAAGGAUCUUUAGUUAAACAUAAACGGAUUCAUAGAGGAGAAAAACCAUUUUCAUGUGAUAUUUGUAAUAAAUCAUUUAGUCAACGACAUCGUUUAGAUUCACAUAAACUUAUCCACAGUGGAGAGAAACCAUUUUUAUGUAAUAUUUGUAAUAAAAGUUUUACUUUUAAACAUAAACGGGUUCACAGCGGAGAAAAACCAUUUUCAUGUGAUAUUUGUAAUAAAUCAUUUAGUCAACGACAUCAUUUAGGUCCACAUAAACUUAUCCACAGUGGAGAGAAACCAUUUUUAUGUAAUAUUUGUAAUAAAAGAUUUACUUGUAAGAAUAUUUUAGUUUCACAUAAACGCACCCAUAGUGGAGAAAAACCAUAUUCAUGUGAUAUUUGUAAUAAAACAUUUACCCAACAAGGAUCUUUAGUUAAACAUAAACAGAUUCAUAGCGGAGAAAAACCAUUUUUAUGUAAUAUUUGUAAUAAAACAUUCACGGAGCAAGGUUAUUUAGUUUCACAUAAAAGUAUUCAUAACAGAGAAAAACCAUUUUCAUGUGAUCAAAGGUAA